UUGAGACGAAUUAAAGUGAUAAAAGUCGAAUUCCAAACACGCCAAAUCCAAUUUUGCUCCAGAAUUUUCCUGUUUUUGCGGAUUUUUCGAUAAUUUCUUGCUAAAUUUUUCAUUUAAACCUCAAAUCUCGCCAUGGAUGAUGAUGACUAUGAUGGAAAUGAUAUGGGCGGAGAUGACUUCGAAGACGAAGUAGAAGAAGAUCCCAUUGACGAGCAAGAGGAGGAAGGCGACAACAUCGAAAUCCUCAACGUUGGUCAACUCGGUUCGGCGGGCGGCGUUCCCAAGCACAAACGCAUUACCACAAAAUACAUGACGAAAUACGAGCGGGCGAGAGUUUUGGGAACGCGAGCCUUGCAAAUUGCCAUGUGCGCCCCCAUCAUGGUCGAGCUCGAAGGCGAAACAGAUCCGCUGCAAAUUGCCAUGAAAGAGCUGAAACAACGGAAAAUCCCGAUAAUUAUCAGGAGAUAUUUGCCGGAUCACUCGUACGAGGACUGGAGUAUCGACGAGCUGAUUAUUAUCGAUCAUUAAGAAGCGUGAAUGUGGAAAUUUUUAUUUUAAUUGAAGUAGGAUUAAUCGAAUAAAGUGAUCUAAGAUGACAAAAAAUCAAGUUUUUGGAAGAUUUUAUUAAAAUUUU